UCAGUUCUGCAGAGAGCAGCGGCUGGUGCACACGCUCUCAGGGAAUCGUGGGAAAAGAGACGUUUUUUUACAGACAUGAGGCAAAACGUCUAACUUUUGAAUUUCUAGAAAGUCUAAAAUUUCUUAACACUGGGACUGAAAUAUACAGAAUUUGUAUAUAACCUGUGAGUUUUAAAUAAAAGUGUUAAUUUCCUGCCUCACUGAGUGAAAAAGAGCAAAGAAUGUUCUUACGCUUCAUCGCACUUUUUGCUCUCGUUCAUUGUGUGCUAGGUGAUUGUGAAACAGGAUGGAGGGAGUACGAGGAAAGGUGCUACUAUUUCUCCACUAAUAAAAUGACAUGGCAUGAGGCUCUAGAGGAUUGUGCGAGCAAAGGAAGUCAUCUGAUGAGCAUCACGAACCUUCACGAGAGGUUGUGGGUCACUACGCAGGUCGGUCACUCGAUAUACUGGAUCGGUCUGAACGAUAUCGCCUCUGAGGGCCACUGGGAAUGGAGCGAUGGCAACAUUUAUUACCCAUAUCUGGAGUACUGGAGACCGGGACAACCAGAUAACCAUAAUGACGACGAGGACUGUGGACAAGUGGACGGGGUCAGCGAAGGUCGCUGGAACGACGAGCAGUGCACAACGCCGAGGCAGUACAUCUGCAAACGAGACAACCCGAACCCUCCCGUGUUGUGUGACGUGGCAAAUCGGUGGGAACAGUUCGGUUCUAACUGCUACAAACUGCACGACAUGCUUAGGAAGAGCUGGAUGUCUGCUCGGACUGAGUGUUUGAAGGAGGGAGGUGACUUGGUGUCCAUCGAAUCAGUAGAAGAAGAGACCUACGUCUUAGGCCUGGAACCGUCCAAUUACGACCUGUGGCUCGGCUACUCCACCCUGAAAUGCACCUCGGUUUCAUGUCAAGUUCAGCCAAACAGCACCUCGUUCAGUUGGUCUGAUGCAGCUUCCUUCAGCUACACACACUGGGCUCCUGGGCAGCCUGAUCUCACCAAUAAACAGAACGGCCUGUGUGCUGGUCUCAUCAAGUCAGGAGAUGAUUACGGAAAGUGGCGAACUCAACUGUGUCGCUCUGAACAUCCAUACGCAUGCAAGAGAGCCUUAAACACCAUUUGCCCACUUGGCUGGAUGAGCUAUAAGGGAAGCUGCUAUUUGGUGGUGACUAACGGCCGCCUGCUGACCAGUUGGCACGAGGCGCUGAGCAGAUGCAGCAGCAUGGGUGCAAACCUUCUGACCAUCAAAAAUGAGGAGGAACAAUACUUCAUCAACGCCAUGCUUCCUGACAUCCACCAGGUCAACAUUCCUGACGUGUGGAUCGGAAUUUCAGAUAUGGACGAGGACGGCAAGUUUCAAUGGGUGGAUAAGACAGAUAUCGAAUUUUCCAACUGGAGCCCUAAUUUCCCAAAGAACACAUAUAAGCUUUGGGACUGUGGUCAGAUUUACACAGGAAAUUACGCUGGGAAAUGGGAGACAGCCAACUGCUUCAAGGUCCAGGCGUACAUCUGUAAGAUGUUGGGGGGUCAGAACGUGAAACCUACACCUCCUCCAGAAUUCCACUGUGACCAGGGAUAUCUACUCUACGGGGAUUACUGCUAUCAGUUUGAAAGCGAGACAGUUAAAACCUGGCAGGAAGCUGAAGACUACUGUCUCUCACAGAACGGACACCUAGUGAGCAUCCACGACCAGGCGACGGUCAGCUUCAUCACAGCUCACAUUACCAGAGCUUCUUGGAUCGGACUGAAUGACAUACAUCAAGAAGGAGACUUUAAAUGGUCUGAUGGAACUCCUUCUGACUUCUUGCCGUGGGGUGAAGGUCAACCCGAUAACUGGCACGACGAGGACUGUGUGCAAAUCCGAGGCACGGAGCACUUUGAGACGGGAAAAUUUAACGAUAUACCGUGUUCUAACACUUAUCCCUUCAUCUGUCAGAAAGGUAAAGGUGUUGGUCCUCCACCAGUUCCACCCACUUCUGGCCCAGGUUGGAAUGAGAAGUGUGGUUCGUGGAUUCCUGACCCCUUUAAUGAUUACUGCUAUCACAUAUUUCCUUUCUCCAUGCGUAAGUGGGCUGAAGCUCGUGCUGACUGUGUGAAUCAGGGAGGCGACCUGGCCAGCAUCACUGAGCCCUUUGAACAGGGCUUCAUUCAGGCUCAAAUCCAGUCGAUUCCGACGGGCGUGUCUCUGUGGAUCGGAGCUCAUGACACGGUCACAGAGGGAGGAUGGGAGUGGAUGGACAGAUCUCCUUUCCGUUACAUUAACUGGUCUCCAGGGAACCCUGAUAAUUAUGACGGUGAGGACUGUCUCUCCAUCUACAUCAACAACGGCUUGUGGAACGACGACAACUGCGAGUAUCGGCGAGGCUACAUCUGCAAACGCCGCGGAAACACACCAGAACCUCCACCACCUCAUGAUGGUUACCUGACAGCGUACACGUGUGAAGGCUCCUCCAUGGUGCUCCACUGUCCCAUGAACAGUGUCAUCAACAUCCAGUCUGCUUUCUACGGCCGCCGCAGUGACAAAAUCUGUCCCUACGUGGGUGGAAGUCAAGAACAUUGCGAGGUCCCGGGAACGUACGAACGUGUCAGGAAGCAGUGUGACAACCAUCAGUUCUGUUUCCUCUACACACACCUGGAUAACGACCCGUGUCCGUCCGUCUCCAAAUACCUGGAGGUGGUGUACAGCUGCGAGCAGGACGUGUGUGUGAGAGGUCUAGGAGUUGAAGAUGGCAGCAUUACAGACUCAAUGCUUUCUGCUUCCUCAUCGAUGGCUGGAAAAGAAGCUAGAAAUGCUCGACUCAAAGGAAACUCCUGCUGGACGCCUUCCAGCACCAGUAACUCCUGGAUCCAGGUGAGCCUGAGCAUGGUGAAGAAGAUCACGGGGGUGGUGAUCCAGGGCUGCCCCACUGCCGAUCACUGGGUGACCAAGUUUAAAGUCCAGACCAGCGUGGACGGCGUCUCCUGGAUCGACUACAAAGUGGACGGGAACAUAGUAGAGUUCUUUGGCACAGCAGACAGAGAUUCUCUCGUUACUCAGCUUCUCGGGAACUCCGUGUCUGUGAAGUACAUUCGAAUCUUACCAACAGAGUGGCACAACCAGGUCGGGCUGCGCUUGGAAAUCCUCGGCUGCACACCUGACUAUGCCAUCAGUUGUAUGACAAUACCCAACUUGGACCACUCUGUAGACAAACUGACUGUCCACUGCCCUGCUGGUUGUGCUGAACAGUUCUACAGUGUGUAUGGAACCACGACUUACCGAGGGGACUCUACAGUAUGUGCAGCUGCCAUCCACGCCGGUGUGAUCCUCAACGAGAUCGGAGGAGACUGCACCGUCCUUAAAGCUCCCGGGCUGGACUUCUACAGCGGCUCCACCAGGAACGGCAUCACCUCCAGGCAAUACAGCGGAUCUUAUUAUGUGUCAUACCAGUUUGCUGAUGGAGAACUCAGAUGUUCUGGAAACGACUGGCAUGAAUUUGGCGAGUUCUGCUACAAACCCUUCACAGACAAGAGGACAUGGCACGAGGCUCAGUCUGCAUGCAGGAGGCACGGUGCUGAGCUCGUCUCCAUCAUGUCCCUGACGGAGCAGAGCUGGCUCCAGAGCUUCCUCUACCUGGCCACCAGUGACGUGUGGAUCGGACUGAAUGAUCUGGAGUUUUCAGGCUUCUUCACUUGGUCAGAUAAACACCAGGUGAAGUUCACUUACUGGGCUCCUGGAGAACCAAACAACCACCUGGGCUUUAAGGAGGAUUGUGUGGAGAUGUACCAUCAGACGGGUCGAUGGAAUGAUGUGACCUGCACUGAACUGAACACCUACAUCUGUAAGAUGCCUAAAGGACAUUACCCUCUGCCCUCCAUUAAACCCACGGUGUACGGCUGCCUUCAGGGCUGGGAUGCUUUUGAGUACUCUUGUUACUGGUUUGAGGAGACAGCCAGGAGCCGUGCUGAGGCCAAGGCUUUUUGUGAGAGUAAAAGCAGCUCUCUGCUCCACAUACUGGACGUGUACGAGCAGUCUCACUUCACAAUGUUUCUGAGCGCUUAUACGGGGAACUGGUCGAUCGGUCUGAGAGCGAGGGGUGAUUUAGGAGGAGUGGAUUAUCAGUGGGACAACGGCGCUGCACUCCUCUACACUCACUGGGACAGAGGCUAUCCUGAUGACAGUAAAGGCGAUUGUAUCACCAUGGUGACGAAGCCUAUCGCGGGUUUCUGGAGAAACCAGAAGUGUGAAGAGUCUCAUCCGUUCAUCUGCGAAUCGGCUAGAGACGGCAUCUCCCCGCCCACUCAUGCCCCGACUCCUCCCCCCAUCGCCGGGUGCGCCGACGGCUGGUCCGGCAAGCCGCACUUCAGGCAGUGCUACAAGCUCUUUACAGUGGAUUAUUCACGCAAAAGAAGCUGGACUAAAGCUCGAGAUGACUGUUUGUCCCGCGGAGCCGACCUCGUCAGCAUCCAUAACGUAGAGGAGGAGACCUUCAUAGCCGACUACACCAAAGGGAAAAGGCAGUGGAUUGGUCUGACCCAAGACCCCACCAAUGGAGGUUAUCACUGGAGCGACGGUUCUCCCGUCACUCACACUAACUGGGGCGACGGCGAGCCGAACGAUCACGGAGGUCGGGAGAACUGCGUGGAGAUGGUAAGCACGACGAACGGCACCUCCUUCUGGAAUGACCUCACCUGCGACGCGCAUCUGGAUUGGGUGUGCAUGAUCGCUAAGGGCAAGACACCCCUCAUCCCCCCAGUAACUCCUCCACCUAUUCCAGCUCCUGACUGCGGAGACAAUGUCGGCUGGAGGAAGAACAACGGCAUCUGUUAUUACUACAACGACACGGACAUCGUGGACUUCCACACGGCUAUGAGCAGGUGCUACAACGAGAAAGCACAGCUUGUAUCCAUCCUAGACCAGCAGGAGCAGACCUUUGUGGUGUCCAUGGUGGGAACAGGAAAGAUCGACGCGGCGUGGAUCGGCUUGCGGAUGUUUGGGGUUAUCGAAGGAGAGUACCUGUGGGUGGACGGGUCUCCGGUGACGUACGUGCACUGGGCUCCCGGAGAACCCAAUAACGCUGACGGAGAGGAGCAGUGUGUACAGAUGCAAAGAACUCCAGGCAUGUGGAACGACGUGAACUGCGGCCGGGACGUCGCAGGCUACGUGUGUAAGAAGCUUCCAGGAGAUCAUCACACUCCACCGCCUCCUACCCCUGCGUGGGAAGGGAACUGCCCUGAAGGAUGGCUGCGUUUCCAUAACAAAUGCUACAUUAUCAAAGGGACGCACAAACACGAUGAAGAAAGAGCAAACUGGACGUACGCACGAGACUGGUGCAAAAGCCGAGGCGGAUACCUCGCUGUGAUCGACGACAUCAACGAGAACGAAUUCGUGGCCAGUUAUCUGAGAGACGCGAGCCACGCGGCGUGGAUCGGUCUGUCUGAUCGGCUGCACGAGGGGAAAUUUGCUUGGAACGACGGUGUGAGUCCCGUCCUGUUCACCAACUGGGCCGAUAAAGAACCCAACAACAACAACGGCGAGGAGCACUGCGUGUCCAUGACUCAUAACCACCUUGUGACGGGUCGCUGGAACGAUGAGAAUUGCGACCAGAGACGAAGUUGGGUGUGCUACAGGAAGAAAUCCAGCAGUCUUCCUCCUCUUCCUCCUCCUGUCAGCCCGUGUCGCUCAGGCUACGUCUCCUGGUAUAAGAACUGCUACAAGCUGGUGACGGAGCCGAAGCCGUGGGACGAGGCGCAGGCCGCUUGUGUGAAGGAAGGAGGAAACCUGGCCAGCGUGGACAUGAGCUACGAGCAGGCCUUCAUCUCAGCAGUGAUGCAGCAGGACAAACAGGACACGUGGAUCGGCCUCAGACGCAAAGAGGACGAUGAGGGGAUGUACCGGUGGUCCGACGGAUGGCCGGUGUUUUACACGCACUGGGGUCCGGGAGAGCCGACCAAUCACAAAGAAGAGGGGUGCGUGAGCAUGCACGGACGUUCCCACUUCAUCCAGGGCACAUGGAAUGACACGGAUUGUAAAGACGCUAAGCCGUACCUCUGCAAGAUCUCACACGAGUCGCCGCCUCCGACCCCACCUCCAGGGGACGGGGAGUGUUUGCCGUUCUGGCAACCGUACGGAAGCUACUGCUACAUCAUAUAUAAUGAGAAGGAGGGUCGCUCCUGGCCCGAGGCACGACACUUCUGUCAGCUGAUCUCAGGGAGCGACUUGGCGUCGGUACACAGCAGAGCCGAGGUGGAGUUCCUCACCAACACCAACAUCACCAGAAUCCAUGACUUAUGGAUCGGACUCGCCAGAGACACCUCAUAUGGCUGGGCCUGGACCGACCUGAGCGCUCUGGGCUUCACCAACUGGGCUCAGGGCGAACCAAGCGGCGGUGGACACAACGGGACACGAGAGGACUGUGUGGAAAUGUACAAGGACGGAAAAUGGAACGACAACAGCUGCUUCGAGAAGAGAGGCUUCGUCUGUAAACGCCGCCAGCAUUAUUCUCCGGAUCAUACAAGCACUACUACUGUGUCUCCAAUCCAUCGAGCAGGCCCGAUCGUCGGCGGUAUAAUCGGAGCUCUGGUGGCCGUGCUGGUUGUUCUGGCCGUGUUUUACUACAUCUUCAGGGUGAAAGGUGUGAAGCUGAGUAGAGUCAGUCUCCCAAGCAGGAGCAAAAAUCACGUGGAUGUGCCCGCCUUCAACAACCCGAACUUUGCCGGCGAAUCUGAUACAUGAAGCGGUGAAGUGGGCGUGGCUAACGGUUGUACAGAAAGCGGCUAAACCACAGGGAAGUUCGAGACGAAAUCGAACCGUAAUUCGUUUGUUUUAGAGUCUAAAUGUUCUUGCGAUCUAAUUAUUCCAAAUUUUAUUAAAGCUAGAAGCAAAAAAAAAAAAAAGAAAAAGAAAAUAUGUUGUACAGUAUAUUUUUCAUUUCUAUUCAUUUUUACCCCUGCACUUGGAUUACAAAGCUUAAAAUAAAAAAAUAAAAAGAUUUGUCUGUUUUUA